CUCCCGGAGUCGCUGCCGCGCCCCGCAGGCCCCGCCGCCGCCAUCUUUGUUUGGGGCAGCCGGGCCUGGCGUCUGGAGAUGCCGAAGUCGUGCGCGGCCCGGCAGUGCUGCAACCGCUACAGCAAUCGCAGGAAGCAGCUCACCUUCCACCGGAGCAGGAAUGGAGGCCUGCCUGGCAGAUGUGGCUCUGGGAGCACCUCACUGAAGCUCUGGCCAUGUUCAUGGUCUCAGGUUCCCGUUCAGCCGCCCGGAGCUGCUGAAGGAAUGGGUGCUGAACAUCGGCCGGGGCGACUUCGAGCCCAAGCAGCACACGGUCAUCUGCUCCGAACACUUCCGGCCCGAGUGCUUCAGUGCCUUUGGGAACCGCAAGAACCUGAAGCACAACGCAGUGCCCACAGUGUUCGCCUUCCAGGGCCCCCCACAGAUCUCCUGUGCCCACCCCGGGGCCUGUCCACAGCAGCUCUGCAUCUCUUGCAGCUGGUGAGGGAGAACACGGACCCUACCGGCCGGAGUGGAGACGCCACCUCUGGAGAGAGAAAGGUCCUCCCUGAGACGGGCUCCAGGGAGUGUGGCCUGGGGAGGAAGAUGGACACGACAGCUGAAGUGCUGCAGCUGCCCCCCGAGGUUGGAGGCCCAGGAGCACAGGUCCCGCCACACACACCAGAAGCUUCUGGGGUCCCUGGUCAACCAGCUAGCCCCCCAGAGCUGAAGAGGCGCCUCCCCACACAGCCGUCCGAUCACAGCUAUGCCCUUUUGGACUUAGACACCCUGAAAAAAAAACUCUUCCUGACUCUGAAGGAGAACGAAAAGCUCCGCAGGCGCCUGAAGGCCCAGAGGCUGGUGAUGCGGAGGAUGUGCAGCCGGCUGCGUGCCCGCCUCGCAGGGCGGCCGGGACUCCAGGCCAGGCCUCGGCUGGGACAGCAGAGCUGAGCUGCCUACUGGGCCGUUUGAGCCUCUGAGAGGAGGGGCCAUGGUCUCCAGACUCGCUGGCUGUGGACCUUUUGGUCCCACUUUGACCCUCAGGCCAGCGCCGCCUCAAGUGGGAGUGUGGUGGCCCCGGCGGGGAGGAGGCUGGGGCCCUGAACAGGACACCUUGGCUCUCCCUUCAGAAGGUGACAGCCCAGCUGCCUCUCUAGCACAAGCUGGGUGAGCGUCCUUGGAACCACCCUGGGCCAGUGUGGCCGACCAUGUCCCUGAGGGGUAGGUAGGCCCCGGUUGGGGUUGGGGGAUGUGGGGCGCUAGCUGACCCUAAGGCAGCGAGGUGUCCCCUCCAUCACCUGGACGGCUGACUCUGUCCCAGGAGUACCUCUCUGUGCGGCCGGUGUGAGCGAGCAACAUAAUAAAGUGUCUUCCUACUCUGA